GCCAGCAUUUUUAGAUGAUGCCAACAUGGAAACUGCUGAUGGCCAUCUUAAUGACAUCAGUAAUACCAAUGAAUCUGAUGAUGAAUUUGAUGAGGAGGAACCCAGGAAUGUAUUAAGCGCAGGAGAAAAUGAGCAGCCUUUAUAUGUAUUACCCUUAUAUUCAGUAUUGCCACCAGACAAGCAACAUAUGGUUUUCCAACCUCCACCAGAAGGUACCAGAUUAUGUGUAAUAGCAACUAAUGUUGCUGAAACAUCUCUUACUAUUCCUAAUAUUAAAUAUGUGGUGGAUUCAGGGAAAGUGAAGGAAAAGGUUUAUGACAAAGUAACUGGGGUUUCCAUGUUUCAUGUUACGUGGACAUCACAAGCAUCAGCAAAUCAAAGGGCUGGUCGUGCAGGGCGUACUGCUCCAGGCCAUUGCUAUCGACUCUACUCUUCUGCAGUCUUUGACCAAGAUUUUGAAAAAUUUUCGAAAGCAGAAAUUCAAGAACGACCCAUCGAUGACAUAAUUCUCAUCAUGAAAUCUAUGAAUCUUCCUGUGAUCAAUUUUCCUUUUCCCACACCACCUGAUUACAUCCAGGUAAAUAUUGCAGAAUAGU